UUUAUUAUCAAAAGAUAGAUAGGUAUAGAUAGGCAUGGUCCUACCGCCUAUGAUAAGCGAGAAACGAGUUGAACUAAAAACUAGAAACGAGUUGGCGAGCAACAAGAGACGCUGGUUUCAUCGGCAGCCGACAAGAUGUGCGAGUACCAGGCUAUAGCGGACUGUUACGAGGGGCAGCGUGUUUUUAUGACAGGAGGAACAGGAUUCCUUGGAAAGGUACUCCUGGAAAAGUUGCUAUACAGCUGUCCCGGGAUAGAGAAGAUGUAUCUCUUAGUGCGGGAAAAGCAAGGAGCCACGCCUCAGCAGAGGCUGCAGAAAAUAUUGGAACAGCCUUUAUUCUCAAGAUUAAAAGAAGAAAAACCUCAGGCCUUGGACAAAAUAGUACCAAUAGUGGGCGACAUUUCUGAGCCUCAACUUGGACUGAAGGCAGAUGAUGAGGAGCUUUUGGUUGAGAAGGUUUCUAUCGUAUACCACGUGGCCGCAACCGUGAAGUUCAACGAGCCGUUCGAGCAGGCCAUGAACGUGAACGUCGCGGGCACGGGCCGUGUCCUCAACCUGAGCAAACGUAUGAAAAAUAUUAAGGCCUUUCUUUAUGUGUCCACCGCAUAUUCAAACACAGACCGAAAAGUUAUUGAAGAAAUUAUUUACCCCGCACCAGCUUCAUUGAAUGAAGUGAAGAAAUUGCUUGAAAUCGGCAUAAAUGACAAUCAAGUUAAAGAAUUAAUAAAUGGUAAACCUAACACGUACGCGUUCACAAAAGCCUUAGCCGAAAAUCUAGUUGCUGAUAACCACGGCCACAUACCAGCCGUUAUCAUACGACCUUCCAUAGUAACAUCUAGUAAAAAAGAACCGAUGCCUGGCUGGAUCGACAAUUGGUUUGGAGCAUCGGCGCUUAUCACGACAAUUAUGAAAGGUCUAAACAGAGUUCUUCUAGCAGAACGGGAUAAUUGCUUAGACCUUAUCCCUGUAGAUUAUGUAUCAAACCUAAUUAUUGUAGCAGCUGCGAGAUGUAAAUGUGCCAAGGAAGUCGAUGUAUAUAAUAGCAGUACGAGUGGAGAAAAUCCCCUGACACUCGGUCGCUUUGCUGACACAACUCUAGCUUACAGUUAUACACACAAAUUUUAUGAUGUACCAUUGCCAAUGGUGUUCUACACGCGUUUCAAGUGGGUAGUGAUGAUGAUAACGCUGCUUUUACAAACCCUGCCAGCGUACAUUGCAGAUAUAGUUUUAUUAAUUAGAGGGAAGAAGGCUAGAUAUGUCAAAAUGCAAUCAAAGAUAUUGCGUAUACGUGACACACUGGAAUACUUUACAUCGAACACCUGGUCCAUAUCCGCAGUGAAAACUAGAGAACUCUCCAAAUCUCUGUCACCAUCAGAUAGACAUCUGUUCCCAUGUGAUCCUGCCGAGAUCGACUGGGAAACCUACAUCCCUACAUACUGUCAAGGAAUAAGGCAGUUUUUGUGUAAAUCUAAGGAACAAAUUAGUUAGUUAGUUAGUUAGUAGUUUAUUAAAUCAUAGAGAUUAAACAAUAUGAGUGCAUCUCAAAUCUCAAUAGGCUGCUUAAAGUUGCGUUUAAAGCUAUAGAUAUUUUACGUAGCAGACACGUAACUGCACAGACAUACAAAUAUUAUUACAUACGUUGUCUAUGAA